UUUAACUUUUCUGAUUCCCAUGUCAAAAUGAAGGUAAAAGUUGCUGCUGCACAAAUGAGCCAUACUGUUGCAGCUGCAAUUGAAACAUAUGUUUCUACUCACACAUUACCAUCUGAAGCUAUACACACAGCUGAGUUUGUGGAAAAGGUAGAUAAUCUCUUUGAUUCACUCAACAGUAAUGAGCAAUAUCCCAGGGAUGGAAAACAAUUUAGAUGUUGGCAGAUUGCAUUACGGUCUAUUACUUUCUUGUGGAAGACCUUGAAAGUGGUUGGCUUUAAGUAUUUAAAUUUAAAGGCGUUCAAUCAAGAUGCUUUAGAAAAUUUCUUUUGUUGUAUAAGACAACAUGGUAUUGCUAAUACAAACUCAACUUGUUUUCAGUUUGUACAGGCUCUGAAGACUUGUGUUGUCAAUCACAUGACUAUGCCUUUCAAAGCCAUGAGUUUUGUGUCACUUUUUGGCAGCUAG